AAAGUAUAUGUAAAGAUUGCAAUAAUUGUUACAUAUUUCCAAAACUAACAAUUUCUGAAAUUAAAUAUUUUAAAAAAUGAAUAGAAGGCAUACUAGAGGAGCACAAAGUAAACCCUUCAUUUCUGGUGGAACAAUAUAUGAAAACUUUUUGUGAACUCUGCAAGGGAUUAAAAAAAGGCUGAAAAUAACUUAUCAUAUUAUAAAAAUAAUAAUUUAUUGGAUUAAAAGAUUUAAUAUUGGAUAAAAAAAGGUGGAUUUAAAGCAAGCAUGAUAUUUCCUUCUCUAAAUUUAUCAAAAGACGAGUGCAAUGGAGCGUUGAGAAGGCUUGAAUUAGAAACGUAUUCAAAUCUGAUAAGUGUCUUCCGUGCUCAAGGAUGUUUAAACAAUGAAAAAUAUAAGAUACUAGGAGAAAUGCGUAAAUUACUUUUCAUAACUGAAGAGCGUCAUCGAGCUGAAGCUAGACGAGCAGCUAACGACGAACAUUUGUCAACAAUUGCAAAUAUGGUGUCUGGUCCAAAUUCUGAGCUGCAAUGGCUUAAAGAAGGCAGAAGAUUAUUUCCACUGCUAAAUAGAAAAGCUCCUCUUUCAAGUCUCACAAAUGUGGCAAACUCUGCUGCAAAAUAUUCUUUGAAUAAAAAAAUACCAGAAAUCUCAAAAAAGCCGGAAAAUAAAAAAAUAAAUGAAGAAAAAUCAGAUGAAAAUUACUUGAAACAGCAAACAAAUUUUAAUACAGGAAUCCUUUAUAGAGAAUUUCAAGGCAAUAAAAAUAUGGAUGCUUUAAAAAAUUUGUAUGCAUUAUCAAAAAAUUCAGCUCCGUCUUCUGAGCCAAAUAAAGUUGUUGAACUUGUACAAAACAAAAUUUGCAGUUCAACAAAUGCAAAUAUUCUUCCCAAAAAUGAUUCAAAAUUGGAUUAUACUAAAAUUGAUACAUUAAGAUCAACUCCCAACGAAAAGAAACAAUCUGAAAACAAAAUUGUUAUAAACCACAUUGAACUUGAUAAACUUGAUCAGCCCAAUAUUCCUAUUUUAGAAAAAGGCAAGUUUAUCGUUGUCAAUAACGAAGCUCCUAAAGCUAUUGGGAAUGUAAGUUUGGUUGGAAAUAUUUUAAAUAUAAAACGUAAAUCAUCGGAAAAAAUUUCCGAAAUUCCAGAAAUUUCACAAAGUAAAUAUGGAAAAACCGAUAUUGUCAAAGAGCAAAAUGUUACUGUGCCUGUACCUGAAAAUCUUGUAGAUCAGUCCAAAGUUAAUUCCAAUCAAAGUACUGUUGCAGUUCAGAAAAUUAUUAACCCUUUCGUGAUUGAAAAUGUUAAAGUACCUGCAAAUGCAAUACAAUUAAAAGAUAUACAAAAUCGUAAGGCUGUUAAAUUAAUAACAGCUGCAAACGGAAAGAUUUUUAUCCAACCAGCCCAAGGUAAUUCAAAUAGAAUUGCUAAUAUCAGACCUAUCACCACCGUUAUAAAACCCAAUCAAUGUAUAGCAUUGAAAAAGGUCACUUCUUUAGGACCAGUUACUGAAAUUCAGCCACCUAUUAAAAUAAGCAAAGCAAAUAUGAUAAUACUACCCAAAACUGCAUUGAAUCAAAAGCAAUCUGAAGUAGAAAAUAUUGAAAUUGUAACAAAAAAUCCAAAUUUAACAAAAUUUACAGUACAACCAGUUACUUCGCAGUCUUCAAAUACUUUAACAAAAAUAGGGAGUGAUCAGCAAAAUCAAACAGGAAAUCAGGGUAAUGUAUUUGUUAUCGGUUCCGUUAUAAAUCAAAAUAUAAUACCAUCGGAGAAAAAUAAUGACAAUUCUGAAAAAAAUAAGCAUGAUGGCAAUAAUGAGAAUGAUUUAAUAACUGAAGAUACACCAGUUGAUAUAAUACCGAGUCCUAUAGAAGAAAUUUAUAAAACAGAAUCACUUAAAAUUAUAACAGCAACCCCAAUUGAUGCCAACAUGUCAGAAACCCUCGAUAUUUCAGAUAAUAGUCAAGUUAUUAGCAGUGAACAAAAUCUUAACGUUUAUAGCACAACCGAUUGGGAGCUUGAAUUGGAUCAAGAAGCAGCGCAACGUCAUAAGGAAAGUAGAAAUUCUGAAGAGGAUAAUUUUGAUUCAGUAAUUGAAGAAAUUGUUGAAGAAGCUACAGAAAUUGAUUCAUUUUCUGAGUAUGAAGAAUCUUGUCAAUAUGAUGAAGUUAGCAAUUCAUAAAUAUUUCAAAAAACGACAUCAAAGCUUUCUUCUUGCAUAAUCUUGUAUAAAGCUAUUCAGAAAUUUCUAAUUCCAAUUUAAUAAAUUUCUUGUUACAUUUGUCAAUAAUAAAAAUUGUAAGAACUUAUACAAAAGUUGUUUAUAUUUAUAGUACUGAUAUAUAAAAAGACAAUAAAAUCAGGUUGAAUUCCUAUGGAGAAAGCAUUUACAAAAUCAAUUAAAAAUUUUUAUAAAAUAAAUAAUAUUGAUUUCAUUUUAUUAUUAAAUAUCUUAUCUAAGCGUAAUUUUUUAAAAUAUUAAACUUGCAAAUUCACUUUUAUGUUAAAAAAUAGAAGAAACAUAUUUCAAAUCA